AUGAUCACAUCAACUAUACCAGAGCAGAAUGCAGUUGGAGCACCACCACCCUUGCUGCGGAAAGGGUCGUCGUUCUACAGCCCCGCGACUCGAGAAAUCGUCCAGACGGUAGUGAAUAUAUGGAAAGACGACAAGUCGACCGAGCACCUGUCGUAUGCCAAGCUGCUGGCGCUUCUCAAGCAGCAGAAUCCCAGCUGGGGGCUAUCCGAGAAGCGCCUAAAGGCAUCGCUGAAGGAAUUCAAUCUCGAGCCUAACCCACAGCUGUACACCUAUGUGAGCAAGACGGUGAGCACUGUGUCGCCUGAGCUGGAGACAAUGCUGCCCAAGGGCAUCAAGGUUUCUGUGACCAAGACCCGGGGCAAGGCCCUGUAUGCGACCAAGAAUUUCAAAGCCGGGGAUGUGCUGUGGGCGGAGGAGCCGCUGGUUCUCGCGCCCAAAGUCGAGUUUCUGCGUAUCCGGCGGACCGGAAGCGCUUGUUCAUAUUGUGCAAAGGCCCUGCGUCAAAUAGACGGCCAGCUGGUUGCAGCCACGGGGGGCAUUCCCUGCAAAAAGUGCACUGGCAACUGGUGCUCCACGGGCUGCCAAAAGCGCGAUGUGCUGCACGAAGACAUGUACCACAACUCUGUGCGAAACCGUCUCAAUUACCUGCAGUGGAUUGAGUUUGAAAAGUUCUGCAUGGACAACAACUGGCGGGCCGGGUAUCUUUACGGUCUUGUUGUUUUGCGCAAGGCCCGCAAAGACGCGAAAAAGAGCUUUAUUCCGCUAAUUGAUUCAAUGGCCAAAGUGCGACAGGAUGUGCGUCAGAAGGCCGUGUCGGACGAAGGCACGCUGGAGUUCGAGCAGCACGAGACCAUGUGGAAGGAGGGCUAUAAAUUAUUGUACAAAGCAGUAAAGUCUGUUUACAGACUGAGCUAUGACGAGUUCCAGGAGGGCAUUGGCAUGGUCAACAUCAACAAUGUCCACAACUGUAUCUUUGCUAUCCACUCGCACCUGAACCACAGCUGCCAACCCAAUGCAGAGGUCGAGACCAUCAGCAUGGCGGAGGGCAUCCGGGUCAAGGCGCUGUCGGACAUCUCCGCAGGCCAAGAGGUGACCGUUACCUACGUUGAUCCGGAAAGCUCCUACGAUGAUCGACGCUAUAAACUACGAAUUAACUGGGGAUUCAUUUGCCACUGCCCGCGGUGUAAGAAGGACGCCACUAAGCCAGUGCAAGUGCCUGAUCAGUCGCCCGUGCAGGCCAGAGAGCGAUCUCGCAGCGUGCGGUUCGACAACAACCCGGUCACUGAGAUAUAA